CCGAAAGGACUCAUUCACCAUUCUCCGUUAUGUCAGCUCCUUCGUUCUCGUCCUUCCCUCCUGUCUUCGAUUCUUUCCCGGAUCUAGAAUCUAGCUCAAGCACUCAACAACCUACUGAGGGACACGCGCACACAAAGCAUGACAGAAACAGAGAAAAGAAACGCAAAGAUGACAGAGAGAAUAAAGCAGACAAGGGCAAGGAAAGAAGGCACGAACAAGAUAAACGCGACAGGAAGGAAAAGAAAGGGCAUAGUCGUAGCACCAUGCCGGACAAUCUCGAUGAGCUUGACCGUAAAUCCUCGCGCCGGAGGAAGCGAAGUACAUCUGUCGAUGAAGACCGCGAGCGUACUGCAAAGGUCAUGGCAGCUCCAGAGAGCUACAAUCGUGUCUUCUUCAUAGACCGGAAAGGGGAUGAGCUUAAUGUCAGGUACGGUUCUCUGUAUGCCGGGGACGUCCCAAAGUAUUGGCAUGUUGGUCGUGGAAAGAAGGUACUUGGACUAGCACCUCAUCUUGGUGUCCUGUAUAGAGGAAGUAAGGGAGUUGAAAUCGGAGAACUGGGUUGGUACAAUAAGUCUCCUCAGUUGACCGACUCUCGCGCUCGUGCACUACUUAAAUCAGGACGAACUCGAAGACUGACAACGUCAUCUAAAACAACACACAAGUAUAACGAAAUAGACGGGUUCAUCAAACUCCCAUCCAGAAAGGGAAAGGAAAAGGAACAGGCGUACCGGUCAAUUGCCAUUGGUAGUAAAGAUGGAUCGGACUCAGAGUCAUCUUCAGUACGCAGUGGAAGCGAGGCGUCCGACUCCGACUCUGAUACAUCGCCUUUAUCUGCUCGCGAAGAGUCCCUUCGAAGUCUCGAGCAACGUCUAGCAAAGGAUCCGACAUCUGAACAAACAUGGCUUCUGUUGCUACAACACUCGGUCGGUGGCACAGAGCCUUCAAAUAAGAAUGCAGAGAAGGCGCGUGCCGAGAUCUCUGUCUCUAUUCUAGAACGUGCAUUGUCCGCACAUCCUUCCAACGCUACUUCUCCUCUCCUCCGUCUCAAGUACUUGAAGGCAGGCGAAAUGAUUUGGGAUACUGCAAGAACAAAAGCAGAAUGGGAUAAGACAUUGAAGACUAUCACCUCUGCCGAUAUCCUAGUCGAAUGGCUCGAUUGGAUAAUUCGUACUACCCCUAAUUUCAAUGCCGCGGUCGAGUCUGCGAUGAAGGCAAUCGAAAUUGCUAGCAAUGACAAGGAUGACUACGCGAGGCUCCGAAUAUUUUGGCGAAUCGCGACCUUUCUCAGACAAGCCGGUUACGUCGAACGCGGAUUCGCACUAUUUCAAGCACAAGCUGAAUUAACGUUUAAUGAACCAGAAGAGAACGUGACUGCAUCGCUCGAGCAGCGACUUGACUCAUUAGAAGAGUUCUGGGAGUCCGAAGCUCCUCGAAUGGGGGAAGCAGGAGCAAAGGGCUGGAAGACUUGGAUUGCGGACAAGCAAGGAGACGCUGGCAGAAAACCGCGUCGAGUUGACGAACUUGCGAAUCAUGACCCGUACACAAUUUGGCAUUUCGGGGAGGUAGAGUCGGAUAGGCGUCUGAUUUUUCCAGUUCGGAUGUCAAACCAGGAGGAUGACAAUACAGAAGAAGAUGACGUCGAGGCAGAAGAUGAAGACCCUUACGCUACUAUCUUAUUCUCGGACAUUCGGCCCUUCCUGAUUGACCUAAGAACGCCCAAGGCUCGAGAGAUAUUCCGACUUGUAUGGCUGUCGUACUUAGGUCUACACAUUCCUGGUCUUUCUGGCGCACUAUCAUCAACAAAUUUGGCCUCUGACGAUAGAUGGGCGGAUACUGCGCUCUUGCAACCUUGGUUUGUGCAGUCACUCCUCCCGCACUCCAAUGAUCUGCGUAUGAUCACGGCUGACUCUGUCAGUGGAGUUAUGGUUGGGAGAGAGAAAAGAUACUCAAAGGGCUUUGACGCUGUUAAAUCGUGGAGUUUGGGGGUACUUGAACCUUUGGAUGGUUUGACAGUCAGCGGUGAAUAUAGGAUGUGGCCUAGAGACUGCCUGGCAGGUCUCGAUCCAGACGUAAUAGACGUUAUGAGACGCAUCAUUAGAGAGCAUAAGCAUGACAGUGAACUUCCAGGUUGGAACUUAUCGGAACUGGCAUUUGAAGCGUCAAUGGGUCAGGGUGAAACCGCCCUGAAGCUUUCUCAGGCAAUGCUAGCAGAGAAUAGCUCAUCAGCGGAACUCCUUGCUACCCACGCACACUUAGAACGUAUCCGACAUAAAUACGACAAGGCACGCAAAGUGUAUAGAGUCGGGCUUCAAUCUCUAGCACGGAGCGGAAAGGAAGAUGUUGUUUGUCUUUGGUGGGGUUCUGCGGAACUAGAAUGGUUGCUCUCAAAGGACGAUGCCGCUUUAGAAGUUGUCCUGAGAUCCGCAGGUCAGGAAGGAGGGAGAACGGGUGUACAUAUUCUACGGGCGAAGAGACGGCUUGAAGAACUUUGUCAACCAGACUCGACCUCUGAAUGGAGAUUCCGCCUAAGGUGGAUGAAGUUGAGAAUCUUACUUGAACUGCUGGUUGGAACGCUCGACUCCGCAGUUGCAGUCGUGACGCAGUUCCUUGCCUACCAGGCAAAUGGGAGCUUGCAACACGAAUCGCUUACAGUAGCGAGAUUAUUAAUGCUGUAUCACCACACGGUGACAUUACAUAACCCUGCACCUCCAGCUAUACUUCGAGACCGCGUUCAGGAAGCUCUUGGUGUCUAUCCGAGCAACAGUAUCGUGGUUGGUCUUUUCCUAGAAUGCGAGAAGGGGGAAGGAGUAUGGGGACGAGUGAGAGGGCUACUAAGCGAAAGUGUGCCAGGAACAUUACAAGAAAAGUCAGUGGGUAGGCGGCUUAUUGAAGUCUGGAUUGCAAAAUGGGAGGAAGGACGUUGGUUAGGCGAGGUUGAGCGAACGAGAGCAGGGCUUGAAGCUGCUAUUAAGUCCGACAGAACCAAGGGAAGUGCUAUUCUCUGGAAAGUCUAUGUGAAAUUCGAGAUCGCAGCAGGCAACUUGAAGCGGGCAAAAGCGGUGCUAUUCAGGGCACUCAAAGAAUGUCCUCUCGUAAAAGAGUUGUAUCUACUCGCAUUUGAGGAGGAUUUACGGCAAGCGUAUACCCGACGGGAGUUAAUGGACCUUUCAGACACAAUGGCCGAACGGGGUAUUAGGCUUCGGCGGUCGUUAGGAGAGGUGUUGGAGAUGCAUGCUGAUGAUGCUGAUGAUAAAGCAGCGUCCGGAUCAGAAGACAGUGUGGGGGAGGACGAGGAUGAACAGGAGUACGAAAGCAGGGAAUUGAGGCGACUAAUGCCAUAUUAGCGUUAGCGUAGUGUAGCCGAGACCCAAGUAAAGAACGAAAAUUGUAUGUG